AUGCCCCCGGGGGAGUAUGGGAUGUUGGGCGAGUGGGAGAAGGAGGGGGACCAUGACAUCAUGAUGGACUUCCUGCUGCCCACCGGGAUCUUCCUGAAAUUCCCUGUGUCUCGCAAUGACACCAUCGGGUCCAUCAAAAAAGUAAGUCCUCAUUUCCCGGUCUGUGGCUGCAUGACCCACAUUCAGCUGAAUGUAUGUGAAUGUACAAAUGUGCACAUGUGAACGUGUAUCAAGAGAGACCCGUAUAUUGUCAUAUUUUUCAGUACAUUCCAGAUAUUUUUAAUUUGCUUGAAUAUGGGACCAAAUCAUAUGGAAUCGAUACAAAUGUAUGAGCAAAUGACAAGAAAGCUCUAAAAAUGCAUGUGCAAAAGGUUGGGUCAUGCAGUAUAUUGUCAUAAAUUGAAAUUGUUCUAUGUCUGCUCCCAGUUCCAAGGGAGCACUCUGUAUUGCAUUUACUGUUGAGUGACUUGAGUGUUAUUUUGUGGAGAGUCAGAUGGAGUUGAGCCAGCUCAGUGCAGUAAAGCAGAUCUGAUUCCUUUAGUACCAAAAUGGAACUGGUAUUUUAUUGCCAAAUGGUACGUAAUACCGCAUUCUCAAUGAAUCUCAAAGAAACAGUCAUAUUUAGAAAUAUUGGGUGACUUUCAGAUUCUACUUGUAAUGAAAAGCGCUACAUAAAAUACAUCUAUUUAUUAUUAUUAUUGUUACAAUCUUAUUUUGAAGAAAAAACGAAGUAUAGCCAGGUCAUUAUAAUAAAAUGUUGUUCUCAAUUACCUACCUCUUUAGAUAAAGGUUGGAUUAAUACAUUAACUUCACUGCCUAUUGAAUUGUAGCCUGUUAUGGAAGUGCAUGUUUGGAUGUGAUGGUACAGUGGUAGAGAGAGUCUCUACCUCUCUAAUACAAAUCUGUCUGACAAUUUGCUGUAGCAGUCAGAACUUCUCUCAAAUCCAUUGAAUGUGCCUGUUUCUAUGCCAACAGUCCUGCCUCUUCAUACUGUUUGAUUUAUAUAUGUUAAAUAAUGAUACUGUUGGCAGCUUGCUUCAGAGAUUUUACUACCCUUUGAGUGGUUUUAUUUACAGGCCUUUACAGACUUUCCCCUGUAAAUGACUCAAUCGGGGAGAUCACUUAUUGUUUUAUAAUUAAAUACAUUUUUUGUUAUUUUGAUUAAUUUAAGAUAGAGAUUUAAAAACCCUAGCGGAGUGACCACUUUUUUGUUGUUUGAAUCCCAGAUUGCCCCUUUAAAAUAUGCAAUACUUAAUUAUAUAUAUAUUACACCUGAUUUGAAUGCAGUACCAGUGGUGUUAUAGACAGUUGACCUGCAUGUUUCUGUUAAUUUUAAAUGGUGUGGUUUCUUGCUCUAGUGUGUGUGCAGUCAGCUUCCUCUUUUUCAGUGUGUGAUCAGUUGAUUUGUGUGUUUAAGUAUGGUCAGCUACUCUGUGUAUUUGCCAGUCAGAAUGUGACUGGGUGUGUAAAUGGUCAGCAUUGGUCAUAUUGGUUAUGAACCCUGUGUUUGUACGUGCGUGUCCAUGUGUGCGUGCAUCUGUGUGUUUGUUUGGAUAGAUGGUGUGGAGGAACGCUAGUAGCGAGCCCCUGUAUGGAGCGCUGAGCGACGCGGACGCUUACGUGUUCACCUGCAUCAACUCGACGGCAGAGCGUGAGGAGCUAGAAGACGAGACCCGUCGUCUGUGUGAUGUCCGGCCCUUCAUGUCCGUCCUGAGGCUGGUGGCCCGGGAGGGUGACCGUGUGGAGAAGCUCACCAACACCCAGAUCAGCCUGCUGAUUGGCAAAGGUCUGCAUCACCUCUCAGGGACAUGCAGCACAAAGCAAUGCUACUAGUAAAUAGUCGUAGCUUAAGUAGUACGUAUUUUCUCUCCACAACUCAGCCGCACAGCCACGAGAGAAUAACAAUUAUGACGUUUGACGGCAAAUCUUCUAUACACUAGCUAAUGAAAAUCGACAAAUGAAGCAUUUUUCUGGUCUACGAGUGCCGUGAGUGUGGGUCGUCGAGAUAAAUAAUGUACUACUUUAGCUACGAAAGCUUUGGGAAACCCACCUAGCCCUGUUUGAUCUUGGGUAGAGGUAGCACAAAGUUUGUGGAAAACAUCUUAGGACUAGCUUUUUGAAAAUGGCACCUAUCAAACAUAGAUGUGAAUUGGUGUAAUUGGUUAUUAGGUCAUUGUCACUGAAUCACCAAAUGCACUGUAUCCUGCUAGUUUCCAACACCAGACCUUGUGUCCACUCCUGUUCAUGUCUCUCAGGUCUGCACGAAUUUGACUCCCAGAAGAACCAUGAGGUGAACGAGUUCCGGGCCAAGAUGCGGUCCUUCUGUGAAGAGAGGGCCCAGGACCGCCAGCGGUUGCCAUGGUACCAGUGGAUGGAGUACAGCUUCUCGUGUGACCUAGAGCCAUGUGUUUCCCUGGCAGAGCCCGGGGGCAUCAAGACAAAAGGCACUAAGAAGAUCUUUGUCAACGUCAAGUUUGAGGCCAGCGAUGUAAGUGCCUUGUUCCUCUGGCAUUUUUUACUCUAAUUCUCAAUAUUUUUCCUAGUAAAUCAAUCAGUUACUUUUUGUGAAUGUAUUGGGAAGGGACAUGGGAUCUUGUGAUUGGAUUGGUCAGCAAUGAUAGAUCUGUCAGCAAUGAUAUCUUUGACUGGAAAAUUCAGAAUUUCUACCAAUGCGUAGACCAAGUUAAGAUCUGGAGGAUGACUUUAGUAAAAAAAAAAGAACUUUGGGAAAUUCCCCCUCCCCCUCCCACACACCACAAACACCACUCACUGUCACUUUACAAGUCUUCAAAACAACAGUUCGGAAUCACUAUGAAUGUAGAAAGAAAAAACAAACAGUUGAAACAGAAAAUUAUUAAGAUGUGACGUUUGUCAGCGUGCACAAAAACAGCCUUAGUGACGAUGGAAAGAACACAAUUGUUAUAAAAUAAAAUGCGCUUUCCUAUGGAGAGAAUUUGACAUUAUAACUACUACAUGAUAUACUUACCAAGCCUAGGGUCUAAUUUAUUAUUUUAUAGAGUAUCCUUCAUACCAAACGUAACUACAAAAUGUACUGUAAAAACAGCACUCAUAAAGGACAUAACUAAAAGCUGUCUUUUCAAGCUUUCUUUUUUUCUCAAGCUACUGCCUUUUCGAAUUGCCUAUCAUCUGAAGCUAUGGAAGACCAUCGUUCAAGAAUGACCAGAUCCAUAUUUUUUUAAGCGACUUUGAGAUUCUGAUUGUAAUGAAAACUGCUAUAUAAAAUGAAUCUAUUAUUUUCUGUAGGAAAGCUUUAUGCUUCAGCAGGAGCCCCAGGACCUGCCGGUGACCUUAAUGCGGAGUGCCCUAAAGAAGAAGGCCACUGUGUUUCGCUCAGUGCGACAGGAGAAGCCAGAGGACUACACUUUACAGGUCAACGGGAGGUGGGAAUUCAUAUACGGGAAAUACCCCCUGUGCCAGUUCAAAGUGAGUAAGCACAAUAAUACAAGCUUACUUCACUUCGAGUUUACCCAUUUUCUCCAUUGAUGUUAACAGUUUUUUCAAUAUGUUGUGUCUGGUAUGUUUAGUCUGAGUUGGUCUGUAUUUGUUUCUUAUUUUGUCUGCAUGUUGCCUCUGUCUGCUCUGUGCAUGUGGUCUAUUUUGUCUGUAUAUGCGAGGUAUGUAAUGAGAGCCUUUGGCUCUCUGGUCUCUAGUGGAAUGACUCAAUGUUUCGGUGGCAGGAGACUCCGUUGUUGGUUUUGAAACUCCUGCUACCUUCAGACCAGGGAUGACUCAUAUCUCUCUAGCAGCCCUCAGAAGGGAACUGCAUUACACGAAAUGAGAUUUCAGCUGCAUUAUUAAGCUUCAGUAAAUGAACAGCCUCCAGUUCUUGUACAUGAGUACACCAGUGAAUAUCUGGACAGAGUAGCGUGAAGUCGCCCCUAGACGCUGGUCUUGCAUUUUCCCCACUAAUUGAAUUAGGAUUGGGGGAGGGGAAGCCGAUCCUAGAUCUGUACCUAGGGGAAACUUCACCCCGGAGCGUGUGGGUGAUCUGUGUGGUUGACAUCCAACCAACCCUUCUUCUUCCUCUCUUCCCUUCUUCCUUUCCCUACUCUUUCCUCAGUACAUCUUCUCCUGUUUGAGAGGGGGUCAAACCCCCCACCUGACCAUGGUUCAUUACUCCACCAUUGUCAAAUACCAGGAGGAGCAGGGCUGCCUGGGCAGCCAGGUGUCCAAGAGUCGCUCCUUGUCCAAGCCCCCCCCUCUACCCGUGAAGAAGGUGAGAGUUCAGCCUCUUGGGACCACAGUAAUUUUUUAUUAACAGAAUGUCACCCUUUUUUUGUACCUCUUACUGUUGUUCCUCAACCAGUGUUAUGGACUUUGACAUGCCCAAAACAUACUGGGGCGGUCUGCCUGAAAUCAUUUACUUUUUACACUUUUACGUGCAUGAACUUUGCUGAUUUGAACUCACUUUGAGUUUUUUUGUCUCCAUGAAAAGGAAAAGGUAUACAUUUUCAAUGUAUUGUUAAUGGUUUUUACUGUCUGCCUUAGUUGUAUGAUCUUCAGUGUAGCUUUGAAAUGGUAGCACCUAUCUCUCCCAAUUAUCACACACAAUGGUGCUAAAUGACAAUAAAUGAGUGUGUGUAGUUUUGUUUAGGUUCGGUUCAAACUCUACUUCCCAUAACUGAUACCAACACAGAAGGGAAGAACCAACUUAGCCUUAUAUCAGCUUCAGCUUUUGGAAGCUUUAGUUCCUCUUCUCUUUCUUUAUCAUGUUUUGUUGUUGUUGAAGGUAAAACAAGUUCACAUUUUGGGCCUUGCAAAAUUAACUGUUUCAAUGUUAACCAAAGCAAAUGUCCUCUUUUUUUUCUUACUAUCAGCAGAACACUUCCUCUUUGUGGUCCAUUGAGGAGCCUUUCCACAUUCACCUGCUACAAGGCUACCGAGUCAACGCAGAUGAAGGAAUGAAGGUUGGUGUGGUUUCAUGUGAGCUUUCGCGCUCUGACUGUUGCUCAAUGAAGUGCAGCAUAGAGUUGUUUACCAAUAUCUCACUUUUGGGUGUACGAAGGAGAGGUGAAGUGUAAACGAUGGGGUCAUAUGACCCUUACCGCACAUUUCCCAUAAUUCAUCAGAGGCAGUUGGUUGAAACUCUACAAAACAGGAAGUGGGGAGGGCCUAUCUGGCUUUCACGUCGCACUCUGGUGCCUAGAUUCUUAGAAAAGGACAGGCUUUGUGCUCUCGCUCGCCACUUUAACUUUUUUUUGUUGACAGGAGAGAUGGUUGUCGUUACUGUUGCAGAUAGGUCAGAGCCGUCAUCAUGCCCUAUCUUGAAAGUUGUUGAAUUUCUCUGCCCUCUAAUUACUACAUAGAAUUGUGAUAAUGUACUGUUGAUACUGCGUUGAACAACUGGGCAAUAUUAUGUAGAAAUGGUCUGUGCUGCAAAUAUUUUCAUAUACAUCUCUUAUUUUCAUUAUAGAAAGGUUGUUUAACUUGGAUGCUGUGAAUUGGAUGUAAAAGAACAAUCAAGAAAGACACGUGGGGAAUUGGCUUAAUGUUUUGUCUGUGUGUUUGAUUCAGCUUUUUGCUUACUGUUACUGUUUAGAUUGGUUGUUGUGUAAGUGCACUUCCGGCCUCUUACCUCAGAGCCGAGCAUGACUCACUGUAAAUUAUUUGUCCUGUCACAUUGUUGGCAGGCAGAAAUUUGCCAAGAUACCUUAGGGGAAAAUAUCCACUCAUAUAGGUUGAGUCCCAAAUUGCACCCUAUUCCCUAUGUAGUGCUCUACUUUUGACCAGAGCUCAAUGGGACCUGGUCAAAUGUAGUGCCCUAUGUAGGGAAUAGGGUGCCAUUUGGGUCAUAUGCACACAGUACUUUGCUAAUCUGGCUUCAACACAGCCUGGUUUGAAUAUAUCCAAGGUAGGCAGUACACCGAGCCUUGAGGAAUUGACUGCUUGAUAUUGAAUUAAUCACAUUGGAAAAAUAGACUCAUUCAUUCACUUCAUUCAUGAUUUUUAAUUUACUGUAGACAUUUAUUGAUGUUAUGAACGCAGUAUGCAUUGCUUAUGAAGGAACAGAUUCAGACUCCUUACUUACCUUACCAAAAGCAAUUUUAUUCGUUUUGUGAAGAAAAAGUUAACACAGUUAAAAUCAGUUAACACAAGGAUGUCCAACUCAGUCUCUCAUGUGGGUUCUCAUUAUUCGUGUGUGUAUACGUGCGUGUGCAUGCAUUUAUGCACGUGUGUGUGUCUCCCAGCUGGUGGUCCAGGCGGGUCUGUUCCACGGCAGUGAGCUGCUGUGUAAGGUGGUGACUAGCGGGGAGGUUAACGUGUGCUCCGAGCCCCUGUGGGACCAGAAGCUGGUGUUUGACAUCAGCGUGAGCGACCUGCCUCGUAUGAGCCGC